AUGGUCAAAGGCCUCGUGCUGCGUAUUGCCAGCCUCAGCGUGAAAGCCUAUGUUGGGCUCGUCCUAGAGUGGCUGUCCGUGCACGACACCCCACCGUCAGGUAAGACCUUUCCCCCUAGCCCCCAUUGCCACCUCUUUUUUGCCCUCGGAGUGCGUCGUGGACUUAAACUACACUUCGCUUCGUCGACGGCAUCGGUAUCGGUCAAGCCUCUGUUGCUACCGACCCACAUAACAUCGUCGGACUCGGCGGCGGACGCGCUGCUGGCGCCUGCCAACGACGCUCUAAUCCAAGACCACGCCGCCACCCACAUCCAUCCAUUCGAUCUAUCGUUCGACCACUCCGCGCACGAACACGUCCUCCCGGAGCUGUUACAAGAACACCAAGAACCAAACGAAUGGUCGACAGACGCCGCACGCCUGGACCAGUCGCCGUUCUUGAGCAACGUCAAGGUAUAA